AUGUCUGACUUCAGAGAAUUAUUAAACGACAAUCAGCAUAUUUCGGAAAUAUUUUUACAAUUAGACACAAAGAAGAAAGGAUAUUUAACAAAGGAGGAACUAAAAUUGGCUGUUGUAGAAUUGUUUGGUUACAAACCUUCGAAAUACGAAAUACAUCAACUGAUCGCAAACAGUUCUCAUGAAUCCAAUGCAAUAUCAAAAGAACAAUUCCUUAAAGCUAUGAAGUCAAAACAGUCUAACCAAGAUGAAAAUGACGAAAUUCGGCAGUUAUUUGUUGCAUGUGAUUUAAAAUGCAGGGGUUUUAUUUGUUUUGAAGAUGUAGAGAAAAUUUUUCAACAGAGUGCUUCAUACAUGAAAAAUUUUGAUGUUAAGCGAUUGUUUGAAGAAGUUGAUCGAGACAAAGACGGCAGGAUAACCUUUAGAGAUUUUGAAUAUAUGUUGAAAUUUUCUACCAAAUGAAUGAUGCUCGAAAUAAAGUUGAUUUGAUUUUCUGUUACAUGCAGUCAAGGCAAAGCUAUUUUUCUCUUCUGUUUAGCACAUCGUACGUAGGGCGCUGAAAUUGUCGCCUGGUGUGAGAAAAGCUUUCAGAAAAAUUGCAUCAUUACGUUACUUCCGACUAGACUUGUUAAAAAUAAAAAAACGCUUCUAGACUUAUAGUUCUAGUAAUGGUGUAGUAAAAUAUGUUUAUCUUUUGUAUUAACGAUACAUCAAUCUUUUCGUUCUUGAGCAUUAAAAUAAUACACUUCAUUACAACAAUGUAAA